AUGGCACCACCCCCGCCCCCGCCGUUCCUCCUCCUCCUGCUGCUCGCUGUGGCGGCGUCGCUCGCCGGCGCCGACGACCCCUACCGCUACUUCACCUGGACCGUCGCCUACGGCCCCAUCACCCCGCUCGGCACCACCCAGCAGGGCAUCCUGAUCAACGGGCAGUUCCCAGGCCCACGCAUCGACUGCGUAACCAACGACAACCUCGUCGUCACCGUCAUCAACGCCCUCGACGAGCCGUUCCUCCUCACGUGGAACGGCAUCAAGCAGCGGAAGAACUCGUGGCAGGACGGCGUAGCGGGCACCAACUGCGCCAUCCCGCCGCGUGGGGGCAACUACACCUACCAUUUCCAGACCAAGGACCAGAUCGGCACCUUCUUCUACUUCCCCUCGCUCGCCCUCCACCGCGCCGCCGGCGGGUUCGGCGCGCUCAACGUCUACCAGCGCCCCGCCAUCCCCGUCCCCUACCCGCCCCCCGCCGGCGACUUCACGCUCCUCGUUGGCGACUGGUACGCCGCCGCCUCACCCCACGCUGACCUCAGGAACGCGCUGGAUGCCACUGGCGCCCUCCCGCCGCCGGACGCCCUGCUCAUCAACGGCGCCCCGUCCGGGAACACGUUUGUCGGGAACGGAGGCGGGACGUACCUGUUCCGGGUGUCCAACGUCGGGCUCCGCGCCUCCGUCAACGUCCGGAUCCAGGGCCACGCGCUGCGGCUGGUGGAGGUGGAGGGCACCCACCCGGUGCAGAACGUCUACGACUCCCUCGACGUGCACGCCGGCCAGUCGCUCGCCUUCCUCGUCACGCUUGACCAGCCGCCGCUCGACUACGCCGUCGUGGCCUCCACCCGCUUCACCGCCACCAACGAGCUCAACGCCGUCGCCACGCUGCACUACGCCGGCGCCACGGCCCGCGCACCGGGGCCGCUGCCGCCGCCGCCGGCGGCGGCGGGGCCGUUCGACGACUACGGCUGGUCCCUGAACCAGGCGCGCUCGUUCCGGUGGAACCUGACGGCCAGCGCGGCGCGCCCCAACCCGCAGGGCUCGUUCCACUACGGCGCCAUCCCGACGUCCAGGACGCUGGUGCUGGCCAGCAGCUCAUCCGCGCCCGUCGACGUCGCCGGCGGCGGCCCGAGGCGGUGCGCCGUGAACGGCGUCUCGUUUGUCGUGCCCGACACGCCGCUCAAGCUCGCUGAUAACUACAACAUCGCCGACGUCAUCGACUGGGACACCCUACCCGCGCGGCCCGACGCCGCCGGCGCGGGGGCGGCGCCGCGCGCUGGGACGCCCGUGCUUAGGCUCGGACUGCACGAGUUCGUCGAGGUCGUGUUCCAGAACACGGAGGACGACCUACAGUCGUGGCACCUCGACGGAUAUGACUUCUGGGUUGUAGGGUACGGCGAUGGCCAGUGGAAUGAGACGCAGCGGCAGACAUACAACUUGGUCGACGCACAAGCAAGACACACAGUUCAGGUGUACCCGAACGGAUGGUCAGCGAUCCUGGUGUCGCUGGACAACCAGGGGAUGUGGAACCUGCGGUCGGCGAUCUGGGACCGGCAGUACCUCGGCCAGCAGCUCUACCUCAGGGUGUGGACGCCGGAGCAGAGCUUCUCCAACGAGUACGCCAUCCCGACCGACGCCAUCCUCUGUGGGAAGGCCGCCGGCCUUCCACACUGA